AUGGCAAAUCCAAUUCCCAAGUCCAACGAAGCACUCGCGCUACUCUGGGCUUAUGAGCUUCACCGAGAGAACAUGCAAAUGUUCAAGGGCCUGAAGAAAAUCAACCGCCAUCUCAAUGCCUCUCGAAAGACUCCAUCGGCCAACUGUGCUAAUGAUGCUUCACGCCAAAGCGGAACAGCAGAACAACAGCCGAAGUCUUGA